CCCCUACACUAAUUUCCCUUAUGUUCAGCUGUUCUGGUUAAGAAGGCCAAAUAGCGGCACUUUGCGUGUGUGUUUGGCGUGAUGGCGGCCGUGCUGCGUGUGCUUUACGGUGCGCCCAGGCCAGGUGCUCUUGCUGCCUGCUCCGGCCUGGUUCGUCCCCUCAGUUUGUCGGUGCGGAGAGAGGGAUACAAAUAUGUGAAUGCCCAGGAGGUGCCCACAGACUUAAAGUCCAUCACAGACCGAGCAGCACAGACUUUGCUGUGGACUGAACUUUUUAGAGGUUUGGGGAUGACCAUGAGCUACUUGUUUCGGGAGCCAGCUACCAUUAACUACCCAUUUGAGAAGGGCCCACUGUCACCCCGUUUCCGUGGUGAACACGCCCUGCGUAGGUACCCCUCCGGUGAGGAGCGCUGCAUCGCCUGCAAGCUUUGUGAGGCCAUCUGCCCAGCCCAGGCCAUCACAAUCGAGGCGGAGCCCCGCGCUGAUGGCAGCAGGCGAACGACGCGCUACGACAUCGACAUGACCAAAUGCAUCUACUGCGGCUUCUGUCAGGAGGCUUGCCCUGUGGACGCCAUUGUGGAGGGUCCCAACUUUGAGUUCUCCACCGAGACCCACGAGGAGCUGCUGUACAACAAGGAGAAACUGCUCAACAAUGGCGACAAAUGGGAGGCCGAGAUCAGUGCCAAUAUACAGGCCGACUACCUUUAUAGAUAGGCUAACACGUAGACAGACAGACAGACGGACAUUGGUACUGUGCACUAAAUGACAAGUGGAUAUGCUGUCUGACUGACAUCUGAUUGACUGACAGGAACACUGACAGACAAAUUCACACAAUAAGUUUGCUGUCUGGCCAAGAGGUUUAAACACACAAGCCAACACAACUCUCGGGACACAAACGUAGUGAUUGAAAUGUGUACAGUGACAAAGCUCAUUUCAAAGCUCAACAAAGACAGAUCCACUGACUUUGAUAAAGACAGACUUUAUUCCAUUUUCACCUUCAGGUUGAAUCAACUGUAGCAUCAUGCACUCUCUCUUGUUUGAACAGAUCUGUCAUUGUCAAUGAUGUACAACUUCAUUUUGCAUGCAGUUUCUGCCACUAACAUUCAAACACGCACACACACAGGUCCAUACCCAACCCACAUACAUACAUACAAACACACAUUGUACUGAAUUGUAUAAAUUUAAAUUAAGAUGUAAAAGAAUGAAAAAUACAUUUCUGUUCCUAAGUUUUUAAGGUGUCUGUUGUGUCAUUAUUUCAUGAGGACUGUUGACAGGGGUGGUCUGUUGAGUAAAUUGAAACUGAGGGGACUUGAGAUGAAGCUGGGCAUUGUUUUGGUGAACAG